AUGAAAAAAAGUAACAAAUCUAAAGGUGAAGAACAUAAUAGUACACCAAUUAACAUCGUGCAAUUUGUGAUUGAAGAUGUUGAAGAAAAUCUUGAAUGGCUUGAUGAGGCUUAUGUUAAUAAUGAAUAUGUUCAGUAUGAAGAGCUUACUCCCGAUGAGUUUGAAGAUGAUGAGUGGAUUCGUUCUUCCAUAGAUGUAGGGGUUUUACUUGGCCUCAAAGUGGAUGGAGAUGCUGUUAUGGGCACCAAUGACUUCAACUGGAGAGGAAUGUGUGAACGAUUACUGAGUCAAGCUUCUAAUAUGAAGGGUAGUAAGAUCAAGCUUGAGUGUGUGCUGGUACCUUUUCUAGAUUACUAUUUGCCAGCAGUUUGUUGGCUUCCUUUGCUGGCGGUGGUUAGGAGAGAUCGGAGUCUUGGAGGGAGGGAGGUUGUGGUUGCGACGAGUAGGAGGAGAGAGAGUGAGAGAGGAGGGAAGAAUACUAGGGUUUUGGGAAGUCCUUUAUCGAAUUUGGAGGGGAUUGGUAAGGAAAUUGGGGGGAAUUUGGGAGGGAAACGGGUCGUUGGGACAGAUGAGUUGCCCGAAUGGUGGACGAAAUCGGUUUCAAAGUCUGUGGGUUUGGGGGGAGAUGAGAUGUUGAAGGGAGAAGCGGAUCGAUUAGUUAGAGCAAUUUUGGAUAACAGACUGCACGGGAAGGAUUAUAAGGAUGAUGAUAUAAUUCAACUUCGGCAAAUAUGUAAAAUUUCUGGUGCAAGGGUCUCCUUUGGAACAGCCAAUGCACGAGAUGCUUUUUAUCGGGCAUCAGUGAACUUUGUGCUUAACAUCUGCAGCAGAGUAAUGCAGCCUGCUGACACCAUUCAAAUUAAUGGUGAGGAUGCCAGACAAUUCAUUUGUGGGCUUGCCGACAAUAUUGGACUUGAGGAUAUUCGUGCUGCAAGAAUUUUACGUGCAGCUGUUGCUGCCAAGACUCGAUCAUGCUUUUUGCAGUCAUGGUCUUUUGAAGUGCAAGGCAAAAGAUUUGAAGCAUUAAAGGAACUGUCAAAGAUUUGUCAAAUCUUUCAGAUUUUUCCUCCUGAAGAAUACUCGCCCGAAAUGGAGAUGGUAGCUAGCGGUCUGAAGAAGACCAUAGGAAUAGAACAAAGGAAACAUCUGCUGACUCUAUUUAAAGAAGCCUGUGGUGCUAAUUGUCAGAAAACUGCUGAAGAAGCGCUUGGUAUUGUCUACAGCAAUGGGUAUGAAGGCGGUGAUAAUGAGUCAAAUUAUGCAAAUUCUGAACUGCUUUGACAUUUCUUGUAAAGGAUGGGCAAUUCUUUAACAAUCCAAUUUGUCACAGUUGUAAGCAAUUCCUCUUAGAAAUUAUUUGUUACUAAUUAUGAGAAGGAAAUACUACGCGAGCUGAAUGUACUUGGCGUAAACUGAUACUUCAUAUUUUUAUUGUAACUAACAUACAAAACAUUUGAGCAACAAAAAAUGAUAAGAGGAAUUGAAACUUGGUGACU